AUGUCAGCCGUGAGCAAGGUAGUCAUUGUUGGUGGUGUGGCUGGAGGAGCCUCCGCUGCAACCCGACUCAGAAGAAUUUGCGAAAAAGUCAAUAUUGUCUUGUUUGAAAAGGGAAAGAACCCAUCCUUUGCAAAUUGUGGAAUGCCCUACUAUCUAGGAGGUCAAAUUGCAUCAAGGGACAGUUUAAUUGUUACCGGAGCUGACACUCUCAGAAAGAGAUAUAAUAUUGAUCUUCGUAUUGAAACUGAAGUGCUUUCCAUUGAUAGAACCCAAAAACAAGUAUUAUGCAAAACACCACUCAGAGAAUAUUUCGAAUCGUAUGACAAGUUAAUUUUGUCGACUGGAGCUGAACCAAUUAUUCCACCACUGGAAGGAGUGAAACAUCCAAAAAUUCAUAUUUUGCGUUCUCUUGAGGAUAUGGAUCGAAUUAAGCAACAUGUGAAACCUGAGAAGAGAUGCGUGAUCAUUGGUGCUGGUUUUAUUGGAUGUGAGGUUGCUGAGGCCAUCACUCAUGCCGGUGUUAAGGUUAGCAUUAUUGAAUUAUUAGAUCAAGUAAUGCCACCAAUGGACAAGGAAAUGGUAGCUCCUCUCCAAAAUGAUUACAGAUCAAAUGGAGUAGAUUUGUUAUUGCAGGAAAAGUGUGUCAAAUUCUCUGAAGGAGAGAAUGGAACUGUGAAUGUCCAUCUUGAAAGUGGUAAAGUGGUGAAUGCUGACUUUGUACUACUCUCUGUAGGCGUGAAACCUGAAAAUAAGCUAGCAGUGGAGAGUGGAUUAAAGGUUGGCCCUCGUGGUGGCAUUGUUGUGAAUGAACAUUGUCAAACAUCAGAUCCUGACAUUUAUGCAUGUGGUGACAACACUGAAAUUGAAGAUUUUGUGUUGAAAAAUAGAACUCAGGUGCCGUUGGCUGGAAUUGCUAACAGACAAGGAAGAAUUUGUGUGAAUCACAUCUUUGGUAAAGCACCAGACUCUUUCAGAGGAGCUCAAGGUACAUCCAUCAUGGGAGGAUUUAAUUAUACAGUAGCCAGUACUGGAGCAAGUGAAAAAUCUCUUCAAAGAGCUGGUUACACUUCCUAUGAUAAGGUCUACACUCCAAUUAAUGAUCAUGCUGGUUACUAUCCUGGUGCCAAGAGAAUGAUCAUUAAAUUGAUCUUUGAUACCUCUAAGGAACGCUAUGGUAAAAUUUUGGGAUGUCAAAUUGUGGGAGAACACAACGGAAUUGCAAACAGAAUCAAUGCAGUAGCAAUGGCCAUUCAAGCUGGAAUGACCGUGUUUGAUUUGGAGGAAUCUGAACUUGCCUAUUCUCCACAAUAUGGAUCAGCCAAGGAUCCAGUGAAUAUGAUUGGUUUCAUUGCAGCUGGCGUGUUGAGAGGAGAACAACGAAUGGUUCAAAUUCCUCAAGUGUUGGCCAAUCGAAGCAACUAUUAUUUGGUGGAUGUGAGAACACCAAGAGAGUGGCAAUCUGGUCACUUUGAGGAUGCCGUUCAUAUUCCAAUCGACGAGUUGAGAAACAGACUCUCUGAACUUCCCAAGGAUAAGACCAUUGUGACCUAUUGCAGAAUUGGAAUGAGAGGAUAUAUGGCCCAGAGAAUUUUGAAUGAACAUGGAUUUGACAAUGCUCUAAACCUUGCAGGAGGUUUUGAAACUUAUGAAAAGUUAUACAAGUAG